AUGGAAAAUGAAUUUCUUAAAGAUAAUAAUACUUUGGAGGAUUUUUCUAAAAAUGAAAAUAAUAUUUAUAUAAAUAAGGAUGAAAAAAGUAAAAAGUAUACUUUAAAUUUUGAUAAAUUGGAUAAAAAUCGUUUUAGCAAUAGUUCUAAUUUGGAUUCAGAUAAUUGCAAAUAUAAAAUAACGGAAUAUUUAAAUGAUACAACUGAUAGAAAAAAUGAAAAUGCUUUUAAAAUAACAUUGAAAAGCUUAAGAAAUUGUGAAAAACUUGAUUCAUACAAAAAAAAUUUUAAUUAUGUAAAAAAUAAUGAAAUAAAAACCUAUGAAUUGGAUAAUAAUCAUUAUUUAAAAAACAAUAUAAAAAAUAAUGAUAAUUAUAAUAGUGAUAAAAAUGCUGAUGGAAAUAAUAUUGAUAAAAGUAAUAAUGAUAAUAUCACUGAAGAAAUUUAUGAUAGUCUUACAUUUCUGAGAAAAGAUUCCGAGAAUUACAAAAAUAAUAUACUUUUUUUAAAUAAUAGAAAAUAUUAUUUAAAAAGUAUUAAAGAUUUAAAUAAUAAUGAUACAUUAGAAUUACAUAAGGAUAUAAGAAAAAAAAAAAAAAAAAAAAAAAGUGCUAUUAACUUUGAUAGUAAAAGCAAAAAGAGUAAUGUAAAUGCAUACGAAGAUAUUAAAAAUUUAAAAAUAAAUGCAGAUGAUGAAAAUAUAAACUCAUAUAAUUCAAAUAAUAAAGAGAAAAAAAAAAAUUCAACAAGUGAUUUAAACUAUGAAGAAAGAAAAAAAGAGGAUAUAGAAGAUUACAACAAAAAAAUCAUCAAUAAUAAUAUAAAUGUACAUUCUGUUUCUACAAGUAAUUUUAAUAAUAAAUGCUUAAAUAAAAUAAAUAUAAUUAAUUUAAAUAUGACUAAUAAUGAAAACAAUUCAAGCAAGAGUGAUAAAUCUAGUUUUAAUGAUCAUUUUAAAAAAAGAAAAUUAUAUGUAGAUCAAAAAGAGAUAACAAAUGAGAAUUCUUUUGAAAACGUAAAUAAUAACAAUGAUGUAAUGAAAUCACCAGAAAUAUAUAAUCAAUGCCCUUCUACUACUUUUCCAACUGCUUUUUCUACUUUUUCUCGUUUUCCAUCAAAUUACUUAAAUAAUUACAAAAGAAGAAAAAAAGAAAAUAAAUAUUCAGUAGAUACAAUAGAAAGUAAAAAUUUAAGUAAGUAUGAAAAUUUCGAAAAUUUUUUUAAUUCAAGAAAAAUUAAUGUGUGUGAAAAAAAAUUUAAAAAUAUGAUUAAAGAUAAUAAAUGCAAUUCCAGUGAUAGGAAUACUAUCAUCAAUUACACUAAUAAUAAUAAUAAUAAAGAGGAUGUUAGUUACACAUAUAAAAAUAAUUGUAAAAGUAUAAAAAAUAAUAAUAUCUGUAAUUUAUUUUCAAGUAGCCCCAAUAAUAAUAGUACAGGAAAAUUGAUUGACAAGAAUAAUAGGAAAAAUGUUUUUGUAAAUUCAUUUAAUGAAAAUUAUUAUUAUGAAACCAUAAACUUAAAAGAUAGUAAUUUAUUAAAAAAGGAUAAAAUAUACAACAACUUAAGAUAUUUUGAAAGGUAUUAUGAAAACUACAUACUUUUUAAGAGUUUUAUUUUUUCACUCAAUAGCCCAUAUACCAUUUCUUCUUUAUCAAAGGAACAUGAUAUUAAUGAAAUGAAUUCACUAAAAUAUAAAAUUUUAAAAAGUGAAAAAUACUCAUUAUUAAAUAAUGUGUCUACUUUUAAAAAAUUUGAUGAAAAAUAUUUUUUAGAAGAUUUUAUUACAAAUGAUUUUCAAUGGGUUGAAUUGGAUGGUGUUAAUUGUUCAUACGCAUAUGACUUUGCAUUUUUUGAUAAAACAGAUAAAUAUAUGAUAUCAAUUGAUGCACUUGAUGAAAAUGAUAAAAAUCUGAAUGAAAAAUGCAAUGAUAAUUCGAAUGAACAUUGGAAUGAAAAUUCGAAUAUUUUAGGAAAUACAAAAAAAAGAAAAAAAAAAAAAUAUAUGAAAGAUAAUGUAUUUUUUCAUAACCAUUGUAAAAAAACAAAUGGUGACAAUGAAAAUUCUAUUUUUAAUAAUGAAACAAACAAAAUUUUACAGAAUCUAAGUUCAAAAAAAAAUUCAAAUGAAAGGGUAAAAUUAAAUAAAAAUUAUGGUAAUUUAGAAAGAAUGGUUGAAGAUGACAUAAGCAAUAUAAAAUGUGAUUUACGUGAAAAUCAAAAAAAUUUUAUAAUUUUAUAUGCAAAAAUUUUAAACAUAAGCUUUAUUCAUUCAGCAAAUAUCCUAAAGCAAUUUAAUCAUCCAUCAAUCAAUUUAUUUAAUACAAACAAAACACAUAGUAUCAAAAAAAAAGAUAUAGAUAAUAGUUAUAUUGAAAACAAAUGUAAUUAUCAAAAUGAUUAUUAUAAUAAAGAAAUCAGCGAUGAAUAUACUAAAGAAAGUAAGAUUUCCUUAAUACAUAGUAAAAAAAAAAAUUUUGAAGAAUUAAAUAAAUUAGAUAAAAAAAAUAAAUAUAAAUCCGAAAAAGUACGUAAAACAAAAUAUACAAUUAAUGAUAUAAACACUCAAAAAAAUAAAAAUAAAUUUAUAAGUAAUAAAAUAAAAAGACAUUUAAAUUCUAUAAAUGUUAGAAUAAUAAUAAAAGAAUGGUAUAUUGAUUAUGGAAUUUAUCCUAAUUGUAUACCAUACAUUUAUGUUGUUUCUCAGAAUAACAAUAGAUAUAGAUUAGAUAAGCCGUUGGAUAAGUAUUAUGAUAUUUUUACAAAUGUUAGACUAAAAUUUGAAAUAACUACAAGAAUUCUUAAAACGUUGCAAGUAUAUCCUCAUAUUUCUUAUGAUAAAUUGAUUGGGUAUUUAACUUUAUAUGAAUCAAUUAAAAAUAAAAUUAAAAUAAAUGAAAAUAAACAAAAAAUCAAAAAUCAUGAUAUAAAGAAUUUAGAAAAUUCAAAUCAAAAUAUAAUUCAUAAUGAAGAUUCAACAUACUUUUUAAAAAUAAGAAAUAUAUCAAGUGAUGAGGAAAGUAGUAAAAAAUACAAAGAUGAUACUAAUAGAAUAAAAAAAAAAAGAAAUGAAGAUAUACUGAAAAAUUUUAAUUUAUCUGAAAAAAAUGGGACAGGUAUAUAUAUAAUGCCAGAUGGAACAAAAAGCAAAAAAUGCAUAUGGGGAGCAGCAUAUUCUGUUUAUAAAUGCGAUGAAAACGUUAUUAUUAAUUUAUAUAAUUUUUUAAAAAAAGAAAUUAAAUUAUUAGAAGAAUGUUUCAAUAUCAAUUAUCUAUUAAAUACUUCUUUUAUGAAAACCCUAAAAGAAAAAUUUUAUUCAAAACAUAAAAGUAACAAGGAAAAAACAAUAGAUAAUAUAUGCAAUAAUAAUAGUGAAUAUUUUAAAAUUUCGAAAAAUAUACAAACUGAUGAAGAUGAAGAAAAUACUCAAAAUAAUGAAUAUCCUCAUAUUAAUCUCGUGAAAAAAAACAAAAAAAAGAUAAUAAAUGAAAUUAACUCAAGAGACAAUGAGGAUACUUUAUAUAAAGAAUUAAAUAUAAACGAUGUAGUUACAAAGAAAAGAAAGAAUAAUGAUACUGAAAAUGUUGAAUAUAACAAUAAUGAAUUAAUAGUAAAAGAUAAAAAUGAAAUUAUGAAUAGCUUAUUUAAAGAAAAUGAAGUAAAUAUAAAAGAAGAAAACAAACCUUAUAAAGAAAAAUGCACUCAAGAUAUAAAAGAAAAUCUUAAAAAUUAUAACAUAGAAUAUAAUGACAAUUUAAAUUUAAUGGAAAGUAUAAAAAAGAAAAAUAAAAUAAAAAGUAAUAUAAAAAUACAAGAUGAAUUAUAUACUAAUAUUAAUGAUAGAAAUGUGUAUCCUUUUCCUUUGCCUUUACAUGUAAUUAUUCCUUUAAAACACGAAAUGUUGUUAAACAUUUGGACAUUUUUUUAUACUUUUAAAGAAAUUUUAGACAUAAAUAUUACAAUGAAUAACUUAGAAAAAAUAUUUUUAUUUAAAAGAAACAUAUUUGAUAAAAAAAUCAUCUAUCAAUCAAUUAAUAAAAGUUGUUUGCUGAAGGAAUAUAUAAAAAAAAAUAAAAUACCGAUCCCUCUAGAUGAGAUGAUUUUUUUUGAAAAAAAGACAAACGAUUGUAUUUGUGAUAUAAAAUACAAAGAUAAUAUACUAAAAAGUUUAUUAAUGUUAUUGCAUUAUUCAUUAUUAAUAGAUAACAUUAUAAAAAAUAAUUUUAGAAGAAAGAAAAAAAAACAAAAAUAUUUAAUAAAAAAAAAAAACUUUUAUGUUUAUCAAAUAUUUGACGAAUUUGAAAAUCCUUUAAUAAAUAAUUUUUUCAACUUUUCUAUUAAAAAUUAUUAUAAAUUUAAUAAGAAAAAUACGAAUAUGAUAACAAAAAACAUGGGGAAUCAGGAAAGUAAAAUGAAUGAUGAUAUAACUUAUUCUGUAAAAAAUUCGCAAAAAAAUAUUUACUUAAAGAAUUUAAAAGAAAUAAGUGUACAAUAUUGUACUAAAAAUUUAAAAGAAAAUAAAAACGAAGAAUUAAAUUUAAAACAAGAAAAAUGUAAAAAUGAUACAAACGAAUGGAGUGUAAAAGACGAAAAAGACUUAGGUAAUCAGGAAAAAAAAAAGAAAUAUGGUGAAACAAAUAAACAGAAAAUUUCUUUUAAUUAUUCUUAUUCAGAUAACAUACUGAAUUGUUCUGAUGCUUUAUCAUAUUAUUCAUCUUUGGAAUCAUUCUCGGAUGAUAUUAAAAAAAAUGAAUCUCUUAAAAUAAAUAAUGAAGUGAGAGAAGAGAAAGAAACAAAUAAUUAUGAUAAUAAGGGUGACAUUAGCAUUUGUGAUACAUAUAAAGAUUCUUUUUAUAUAAAUAAUUUCUCUAAAGAAAAAUGCCAAAAUGAUUGCAAAAAAAUUAAUUAUGAUUCUAUAUAUAAUACAUGUAAUAUAACGUUAAAAUGUGAUGAUUUAAAAAAUAAUAUAAUAACAAGAGAGAAUAAUAAAAUAUCUUCAAAUAUAGAAAAAACAAAAGAUAAUGAAAAUUACAAGGGUGAUAUAAAUAAAGAAAUAAAAUCAAGCAUAACUUGCGACAAUGAAAAAUUAAUAUCAACAAAUGAAAGUGUGAUAAAUAAAAUUGAAAAAGAGAAAUAUGAAAUAAACGAAUUAAAGCAUAAUGAAAUAAAUGAACCUAAAAGAAAGGAUGAAAAAGGAAAAAAAGAAAUAGAUGAGAAUGAUCUUGAAAAUAUGUUAGAUCAAGUAAAUUUCUAUGAUUUAACAGAAUAUGAACAAACCAUUGAUAAUAAUUCUUAUAUUAACGUUCUGUCAGACAUUUUUUUACAAAGGAAAAAAAAAAAAAUGAUUUUCGAAGAGUAUCAUGAUAUAAGAAUUCUUGAUAAUAUUACGUGGACAAUAUUAUUAAAAAAGUAUAUUUUCAUUAUUUUGUAUACAAUGAAACAUUCUUUUUAUUUUAAUAAAAAAAAUGAAAGAAAUAUCAAUGAAAAGAGUAGCGAUAUAAUUAAUAAUAACUAUAGUUAUGUUGUAUCUUCAAAUAAUAAAAACUUAGAUAGUUUAAACACAAAUUUGUCAAUCUCUAAAAAUGACAUGAUUCAUAAAAAUAUAAAAAAGGAUAAUAUUAACAAAUCUAAAAGUUUUGAUAAAAGUAUUAAUAAUAAAAAAAACAGCCAAAAUGAAUUAAUUUCGAAUGAUGGAAAAAAUUUAGAAAAUAUAAAUUUAAAAAAAUAUAAGUUAAGUUGGUUUCUUAAUUUUAAUAAAUUUCAUUUUUCUAAAAGUGAAAUCAUGGAAAUGAUUAAUAUAUUUAAAUUUUUAUGUAAAGAAAAUAAUACUUAUGAAAUGUUAAAAGAAACUGAAAAAAUGAAAAUUAUUAUGUUUUUCAUAAAUAUAAUAACUAGUAGUAAUAUUUCAAAAGAAUUUAUAAAUGAAAAAAUUGAAUAUUUGAAUAAUAUUAAAAGUUACAUUGUCAGUAAGCAAAAUAUAGAGGAUGAUAAUCAAAAAAAUAUGAAGAAAAAUUCAAAUGGCACCAAUACUGAUUGCCUAUUAAUGAAGACUCUACCUAAUAAAGAAAAUUAUAUGAAAUGUACUGAUAUGCAUUGGGGGGAAAAAGAAAAAAGAGAUAGCUACGAAAAGGGAAAUAUAAAUGGAAAAGAUGAAAAUACAAAAAGUAAUCAAGACAGAAAUACAGAAAAAGAAACAAUCAUAAAGAAAAAAAGUUAUUUUAACAGAAUUAAAGAAAAUUUUAACGUAAGAAUAGAUCUACUAGGUGAAGAUAGAUAUUUCAAUAAAUACUACUAUUUUGGUAGUAGUUUUGGUUACAUAAAUAGAAUAUAUGUACAAUAUAUGAAUCACAUUAAAGAAAAUGAUAGAGAAUGUUUUGAAGAAAGAGUUGGACACAAUUUAGAACAUAGUGAUAAUAAGAAUUGCAAACAAAUAAAAACAAUUUUUAACUCAAUUGAAGAAUAUAUCAAUUUCAUAAAUGAAUCAAAAUAUAAUUUAAAAAUGGGUUACAUAGAAGGUAUAGAUAACAUAAAUUUGUUUAUUGAAAGCUUCUCACCACAUCUAAUUAGAGAAAUAGAAUUAAAGAAGAAAUUUGUUGAAAUAAAAGAAAUAAUUGAAAGUAGUCAAUUAAAAAAUGAAGAAAAUUAUAUUAAAAAAUGCGUAGAAUAUAAAGAUAAUAAUAUAAUACUAAUAGAAGAAGAAAAUAAAGAAAGAAAGGAAAAACAAUUAAGUGAUGUAAUUAUUAAUGAAAGAAAAGAAAAUUUAAAUAAUGAAAAUAUAAUUAUACAUAGAAAAAUAGAAGAUAUGGAACAAUAUAAAUCUAAUGAAUAUAAUAAUAAUAUCUUGAUAAAAAAUAAAAUUUGUACUAAUUUAAGUAAAAAUAUUCAUGAACAUAUAAGUGACAAUAAAAAAUAUAAUGAUGUUACUUUAAUAAAUAACAUGAAUAAAGAAUUAACACAUGAAAACAAAAGUAAUAAUUUAAUAGUGGAUAAAAAAACUGAUGAAAAUCAUAACAAAAUAAUGUAUUUUACAGAAGCAGAAAAAUUAUUUGAGCAAUUUUUUUUUAUUAGUGAGAAGUUACUUAAUUUUAAGGAAGAAAUAAAAAAUAUUUUAAGUGAAUGUUUUGAAUUAGAAAUUGAUAAAAAAAUAUUUGAUUUUAUUUUUUUUUGUAUUGACAAUUUUAUAAAUAAUGAGUUAACAUAUGAUAUUAAGAAAAAUAUUUUUAUUAAAUAUCUUGAUUUUAUUUAUACUAUUGAAAAAUCUUUUUCUUCAUAUUCCUCUUAUUUCCUUAAGAAAAAAUGGAAUGUCUAUUUUCGUAAGAAGUGGAUUAAUGACUUGAAUUUUAUAAAAAAUGAAAUAAUUAAUAAUACAAUAAUUUUAAAUACAUUAGAUAUGUUACCUCUUUUAAAUAUUUAUUUUAAUUUUUUUCGUAUUUAUGGCUUUAAUGAAAAUAUCAUACAAAAAUUGAAAAAAUACAAUAUAGAGGAAAAUAUAUUUAAGAAAAUAAAUAAUGAUUAUGUUAUAAAAAGUGAAUUGUGCUUCAUUGAAAAACUUUUUGAAAGAGAAAAUAAAGAUGAUAAAAAUGUAAAAAACAUAAAAGAAGAUAAAGUCUUUAAUACAUGCUUAAAGGAGAGAAUCAACGAAUUAAGAAAUAAAAUAUAUACCUAUUUGCCAUAUAAAAAAAAUGAAAAGUAUUUUUAUUUUAAAGAAGGACAUUUAGAACAUAUGAAUAAAUUUAAUGAUAAUAAUUUUUUUAACAAAAAAGAUGACUUGAAUAUCUUAGCUAAUACUGAACAAGUCGAAAUUCUAGACAUAAAAAUUUUUUUAGUACCUAAUAAUAAAGAAGCUACAAAAGAUGAAAAAAUAUUGAAAAAAAAAAAAGAAACAAAAUAUAAAAAAAACGAGAAUUUGAACGAAAAUGAUAAUAAUAUUGAAAAUACCAAUGAUAAUAACAAUAAUGAAAAAAAUAAAAAUGAAGAAAAGGAAAAUAAAAUAAGAAAUAAAAAAAAAAAUGAAAAAGCUAGUAAUGGUAUAGAUGACACAAAGUAUGAUUUUCAGAAAAAUAAAACAAAGAACAAAAAAAAAAGUAUAAUGUGUAAAAAAUUAAAUCACAAAAUGAAGAAUGACAGGAAUUACUGCAAAUUACAUAAUGAUUUAUUUGAGAUAAAAAAGAUAAUUGAAAAACAAUAUAUAUCUUUAAAUGGUAAAAAGAAUAAAUUUUACUUCAACUCUUUAGCAAAUUUUACAAAAUUUUUAGAUACUCAAAUAAAUGAUAGUUUGUUUAAUCAAAAUGAUUUUUUGUUUUAUAAAAAUGAAAAUUUGUUACUAAGUAACAACAUUUUAUAUGGAAAUAAUAUGAACAAACAAACUAUAAAUAAUAACUUAAAUGAGAAUUAUAAUUUUUUAUGUCAACUACAUUGUUCUAUUUUACCCCGUCACUAUGAAAUAGCAGAUAGCUUAUAUAAAAAACUGAAUUUACCAAAAAAAAAUUCAUCAAAUGACAUUGUUAAAAGUCCUAACUUUUUUUUGUUUAAUAUAUUUUUUGAUGAAAAUAUGAAAACUAUUUUAUAUAUUAUACCUACAAAAAUGAUAUUGAACUCUUUAAAUAGUAAGUGGAAAAUCGGUUUAAAAUGUAAAAUACAAAAACCAUUAUGCUCUUUUGAUUAUUCUCAUUACGUUGCAACUAUUAAAGGAAUAGAUUAUAAUUCCAUGAAUUUGUGGAAGAAUAUAACUGUAAAAAAGGACACAAAAAAAAAUAAAAAAAACUCAAUUACUCAAAAAGUUAAUUUUUGGGAAUUAAUUAAAAAAAAUGACAUAUAA